UGUUCAGAAAGCAUUUAAAAACUAUAGCUCAUUUGCCUUAUCUUUUUACUACAAUACUUUAAUCACAGUCGUGAAAUAAAGCAUCAUAGGUACAACUAUCAAAUAGUUUCAAAUUAGUUUGACAUAAAAUCCAAGAAUUAAAUAUUAUAAAUCCGUCUUUUUUUUCUAAAAAAUUAAAAUGUAUUUAAAAACCGUUAUACUUUUAUUUUGUCUGACGUUAUACUUUUUGCAAUGUCAAGGUGGUUUCAUACCUGGUAAGGAUCGUGAAAUUAUUAGUUACAUAGUCGAGAAAUAUGCAAAUCCAAAUGGCAUAGACAAUAAAGAAAAUGGUGAUCUGAACCUAAUAGGCGUAAAAGAAGUCAUUAAUGAUGUAGAAGGGAAAAUCCAAACAAACAAAGCUCUUUCCAGUGUUGAAGAAUUACAAGAGAUAUUAUCAAACUAUGUUUUCACAUUAGACGAUGUCGAAACAUACGUUGCAGAGUACACAGGACGAAUUUUGAAACCGGGAAUGUUUUUGAACGAACUAAGAAAACUAUUCAAUGCGUAUAGAAGCGGAAGCAAAAUACAAUUUCUAGAUUUAAAUGACCUACUCGGCCAAUUACUUCCGGGUACAAAGUAUGUAAAAGCCGGCGGAUUUCCAUAUCUUAAAUUUCCAAAAAUCGCAAUACCGUACAAAAUAAAAAAAUCAGAAAACAAGUUUACCAAGGAGGAAGUUGAGUUCAUCGUGGCUGCUUAUUUUUUUCCCGAAAUAGUUUGAUUUGAAUUAUAACUUUUAUUAAAUUUAUAUAA